GCUGAAUCAAGUUAUUACUUUAGUCUCGAAAAUAGGCACAAGUAGGUAAGUGUGCUGAUGUAACGAAUCCAACCUUCACACAACGUAAAAAGCUUAAAAUUUAAAAGUAAAAAUCAAUUAAAAACAUAAUUACACCGAAGGCUAUUAGUAAUCAAACUUUUACAUCCAAAUUAUCAGUCUUUCUCGCUAUCUCUAUUCAUUAAAAAUAUUAAAUACAAAAUAUAACUCGCCGAUCCGAUUAAAGAACAACUCAUGGAGCAGGAAGUGGUAACGAAAAAGCCACAGCAUAGGCAACUCGAACGCCCCUUUUACUUACAGAAAUAGAAAUUCCUAAAUCGUCUUCACUACGUAGUAAAAGUUGCCAACCUGAGAAAUUUCAAUAAGCUCGGAUUUAGCUUGAUAAUUUCCAGUCAGUGGUUUUAUUCGGAUACAAUGUUGACCACCUUAUUAUUUUUGUGCCUUGUGACAAUCGCCGCCUCUCAGAAUACCACCGCGAAACGUGGAAGACCUCGUGAUAUUCCUUUCGUAGUGAAUCGUCCGUUUGGUCGGAUCAAAGGCAUAGAAACGCAAAACUUCGUCGAAUUACUCAAAAGCGAUUUCUACUUCGAUAAAACUUUAAUUUUGAAAGAAAUCUUGAAACCGCAAAAGCAUAAAACCAUUCUCAUCACUUUGCCGGCCAAAUGGGGUAAAAGUUCGAAUUUAGAUAUGAUGAAGACUUUCUUCGAAAUCGAAGUCGACGACUACGGUAAUCAAAUCACCCCAAAGGAGAGAUCCGUUAAUUAUAGAUUAUUUCAAAAAGGCGAAUUAGUAUUGAAAGAAAAAACCAUUAGUUUGAAAAAACCUCUGCUCAUUUCGUCCUAUGAUACGCUCUUGAACCAGUAUCAGGGUCAAUUCCCAGUCAUCUACUUGAAUUUCGGGAAUUUGAACGGCACCAGUUAUCGAGCAAUAAUCCAACAGGUUGGUCAAAGGAUUAGAGAAGGUUUUGCUCGACACGAGUACAUGAUCACCGUACUAAACGACGAAUUGAAAAAAGCCAUCAGCGAGACUAGGAAAAAUAUAACUGAAACAAAACUACACGGUUUCCUAACCAUUUUCAAUGAUCAAGGCAAUUACGAAGAUCUCAUCAAAAGCUUGGAGCUUUUAUCUAGAAUCUUAUACGAUCAUUUCGGUAGCAAGGUUUUCGUACUGAUAGAUGACUACGAAGGUGUCUUGCUGAAUGCACAAAUCAACGAAGCUAUCACAGAGACCGAAUUCCCCCUGAUUUUGGCCUUCUUUUCAUCCCUCAUGGUGCAUUCGUUUCAGACGAACAUCUAUUUGGAGAAAUGUAUCCUCACAGGCACCUUCAGAAUGCUCAGUUCUAUUCCUCAUUUAACCGACGUGAAAGAAUACAAGGCGAUAAAUCACAUGAUGAUGAAACUAUACAGCAUUGCUCACGAUGACUUGACUAUGUUAUUCGAUCACCUCAACAUGACAACCUAUCUUCGCACCAAGUUCACUAAUUGGUACGGAGGGUACCGAGGAGGACCCGAAUUCAGCUACACUAUUUACAGCCCUCAUUCCAUAAUGAAUUUCAUAUCGACCAAAAAGCUAGAUUAUUACAAAACACGUCACGCCAUGUUCGAUCCGGUAUUUGAGAGUACCUUUAAAUACAGCAAAAUGAGGAUCUAUAUUUUAUGGCUGAUAUACGGUAAACUCUUUUUAAUCAGUCAUCGACAAAGCGGCCGAAGACAAAACUUGGAAGACUUCCUGGAUUUCAAGAAAGUUUUACACACAACCAAGAACCCAUUCGAUGAUCUCGCCAUCGAACCAUAUCUUUGCGCAGCAGGUACCCUAACUCUGACCCAGAUCCUCAACAGUUUCGGUACCAAAGCCAGAAUACCUACUAAUGCGGUCCGAAUGGAAGUAGCUGACAAGCUGAUGGAAUACUACAAAUCGAGAUUUCGUGUAUCAUCUUGGUUUAUAACCAGGGCUGUUAAAAAUUUAGGCUCGUAUAUAUCCGACGAAGAAGAUAACCUACAAAACACAACUGUUUUUUUGGAAUCACUCACACGUAAUCAGGCUCUAAUGAAAGAUAUCGAAGAUAGUAAAUCUGAGGAGAAGGAAAUCUUGCAGUUAUUUUUGAGCUUCAUUUUCAACUAUUUAUCAUUUCGAGUCACUUUGCUGUACGAUUUUCAAAUGGAGUCCAUCGAGCAGGUUCAACCCGAUAGUUGGAUUUUAUUCAAUGAUCAACGAGCUGCUUUCAUUCAAGUCAGAGUCAACGCUACGUCAUCUAAGCAUGUUUUAAAUAUUGCUAAGAAUUAUGCCGCCUCGUUGUCUAGGUUCACGUGUCUUGGGAUAUUGAAAUUUAUAGGCGUUAAUUUCACGCCAACUGGCGCAGUGGAAAUUUCAACAGAAUCGCAUACGGGUUCUAGUUUACUGGAAUCGAAUUAUACUACCAAAUCACCUGCUAUUUUUGUGUAAAAAUUAUCAUUAUUUUUUUUAUAAAGAGUGAAUUUUUUCGCCAAAAAUGUACAUGUAAGGUACGUAAUGUAAUUUUUGUAAUUGUUGAAUAACUAACCCUAUCGUAUUGUAUGUUUUAAAAGUAUUAGGACGUAUCAAAUUACUCGAAGAUCUGCUCACGUGCUCACGUGCUCAGGUGUGGUUUUCGGGCGAACCUGGAAAAAAAAUUUUGAAGGAAUUUUGACCAUAUUCAGUGGAGUUCUUUUGUUUCAAGUUGAAAGUCACCAAGAUGAAAUGUUGGCUCCUGAAGGGCCUCUAAAAGGGAGAUUUGGUCCUCAAAUUUGGGAAAUUUUAAAAAAAAAAUCGUGGUAUUUUGGCUCUAGCCCUUACCACACCUACUUUUAAAAAAAUAGCCAUAGUUUUGAGAUUUCGCGUCCACCUGGUCCCUCGCCAUCAAAAUUCAAGACCACUGAGUGGUUUAAAAUUUGCAAAAACGUAUUUUUGAACAAAUUUGUGUUUUGAGAAUAUUUUUUUGAAAACAAAAAAUAUUUUCAAAACACGAAUUUACCCAAAAAAUAAACGUUUUGCCAAUUUUCAAUCGCUCUAACCCUAAAAGUGAUAGAUUUCAAUAUCAAUUCCUAAAUUCCAGACAUCAUGUUUUGGAACUGGGUCGGUUUUUCCAGAACUCAUCAGGGUGUCUAAAAAAAAUCAUGACUUUUUCAUAACCUAUUUUUCACAUUUUUACCGCGU